AUGUCUUCAUCAGGAUUCUCACCAGCGCCACCACCAGUGUUCAAUAGAGAAGGCUACCACAUAUGGGAGAUUAUCAACUCAGAAGCUAAACCAGCACCUCUAAGAGCCAAUCCAACAGUGGCUCAGAUCAGACAACAUUCAAAUGAAAGAACCAAAAGGUACAAAGCCAUGUCAUGUAUUCAGAACAGUGUGUCUGAUGUGAUUUUCACAAGAAUCAUGGCUUGUGAGUCACCAAAGCAGGCCUGGGAUAAGUUAAAGGAGAAGUUCCAAGGGACUGAACGAACAAGGCAGCAACAACUACUGAAUUUAAGAAGGGACUUUGAAAACUUGAAGAUGAAAGAGGAAGAAACAGUGAAGCAAUACUCAGACAGAAUCAUGGUUGUAGUAAACAGCAUAAGGCUACUUGGAGAACAAUUUAGUGAAGUAAGAUUUGUGGAGAAGAGAAAAGGAAAGCAAGUAGACUGGAGGAGCAUUAAGAAGGUGCCUUCCAAGCCAAAACCAGACCAGCCACAAACUCCUUUGCCUACAAGGGAAAGAAAACCUGAAAAGAUAAGCCUAAAACAGAUGGUGCAAGAAAAUAUCCAAAUUGCCCACACUAGGCCAAAUCAACCUCAAAAGCUAAUAGCUGAAGCUCGAAUAGCAGAAGAAGGCAGUGACAAAGAAGAGCAAGUCUUUACAGUUUCUUGCUCAGCUGCCAAAAGAAAAGCCACAAAAGGGUGGCUAAUUGACAGUGGCUGUACAAACCACAUGACCCCUAAUGCUGCUAUCUUCAAGUCAAUAGACAAAAGCUUCAAAACAAGGGUGAAGGUUGGAAAUGGACACUACAUCAAGGCAGAAGGCAAAGGAGAUGUGUUGAUUGACACUCCUACAGUUACUAAACUUGUUUCAAAUGUAGUUUUAGUGCUUGAAAUAGAUAAAAUCCUGCUUAGUAUAGCUCAGUCGCUAGAAAAGGGCUACUCUGUGGUGUUCAAAGGCAAGAAGUGCCUAAUUAGUGAUCCAAAUGGAUCCAAGCUCAUGACAGUGACCAUGGCUGACAAGAGCUUUGUGAUGGACUAG